UUAUGAUAGUCGUACACGCGUCGUACAAACAUCAGCUGUUCUGUUACAGAAAAGACUGCCAUAAAUCCUUGUCGGUGGUUGGUUCUGUCUCAGCCUGCUUGAAACACCUACGACACCAGAAUCGUACGACCUACUACGAAUGUGACAGCACCGUUAGAUUGUGUCUAGUUGACCCGUUAUGUGAAUGGUCUUCUGCAUGUUGGCUAUAGCCACUAUGAACGGGUUACCUAUUGAAAAGAGGUCGGGAGCGCUAGCGGGGGAGAGAAAUUUCGUUAAUGAGUAAGCUGUGUUCACCCGGUCAGACUCAUUUGGCUGGUAAGUAAAGAGUAAACGUAGUGGCUGCUGCAUUUUCGGCUUGAGUGACGUCAGCGUCAAUGAAGGGCUUGUAUUUCAUUGUUUCACCUCAGUCAACUGAUUGUACAACGGCUUAGACCUCUCUACCACAUGUCCGAGGCACGACAUAGACUCAGUCAGCUCUCGUUUUCUUCGGACUGGACACUGGAAAACGACACAGGCAAAUCUUUUGUUUCCUCCUCGCGGCUCCACACGAUCUGAAACAGUUGUCGGCUCGGAGAAGCAGUCGGGGAAGUGGAGUUUGUUCACCGGUCACUCGCCCGGCUAGCAGUCGCCAGCCCACGCGGGGCAGCCCGAGGGAGACAACACGAGUUUACGGAACUCUUCAACAAGCGGAAAACGGACAGCCUUUCCUGAAUGGUCGACUCUCGUACGAGUCACUUUUCUUCCGGGUGACCUUCAACGAUAAAAGAAAAAAGGUGAAGAGUUACUACAUAGGAAGGCAGGCCCUUUUUCCUACUCAGGGGAUCUCCUAUUCCUUGCCUUUCUGCAAGAUCAGUGGCUUGAAGGCUGAGUCGAAAGCAUGCCGACGAGCAAGCGGUUGAAAACUCGUGACGGUUCAGCAGUAGAAAGGCCGGCUACUCGGACGACAGCUACGGGAGCAGACGACACCACCGACCGGGACGCUUCCCCCGCUCAGGCCCGUGACAUCAGCACCCCUUCCGACAAGGAUACAGACCCUGCCGUCAAGUCAGAACCGCAGACAGAAGAGAGCGGGGAAGAGUCCGAGGAAGAAGAGGAAGCGCGCCUGCGCAAAGAGCAGAAACAACAUGACCUUGGGAAAGAGAAGAAGACCGUGGCUCAAAUGAUGAAGGACAAAAAGAAACAAACUCACCUGACCCUGCAAUGGCUUGAGGAGAACUACAUCAUGUGCGAGGGCGUGUGCCUGCCGAGGUGUAUUCUGUACGCGCACUACCUGGACUUCUGCCGCCGGGAAAAACUCGAGCCUGCAUGCGCAGCAACGUUCGGAAAGACGAUCCGACAGAAGUUUCCACACCUCACGACCAGACGACUGGGGACCAGGGGCCACUCAAAGUACCACUACUAUGGCAUAGGAAUCAAGGAGACCAGUGCCUACUAUCAUUCUCUAUAUUCAGGAAAAGGCCUCACGAGGUUUUCUGGUGCGAGGUUGAAGAAUGAGGGCGGCUUCACCAGGAAAUACUCCCUCAGCUCGAAGACGGGGACACUGCUGCCGGAGUUCUGCAAGGCGGAGAGUCUCAUUCUGGACUCAGACAUCGGCAAAGACAAGGUGGAGACUCUCAUCAUGAUGUACAAAACUCACUGCCAGUGUAUCCUAGAUACAGCAAUCAACGCCAACUUCGAAGAGAUCCAAAAUUUCUUGUUGCACUUCUGGCAAGGCAUGCCGGAACAUCUUCUGCCCCUGCUGGACAACCCUGUCAUUGUUGACGUCAUCUGUGCGUCAGAUCAAAUCCUCUACAAGGUCCUGACAGAUGUCUUGAUACCAGCAACGAUGCAGGAGAUGCCAGAAAAUCUACUUGCGGACAUCAGGAACUUCGCCAAACACUGGGAGCACUGGACGGCUUCAGCCCUGGAGAACCUACCCGACAGCAUGGCGGAGAGAAAGCUUCCCGUGGCCAGGAGAUUCGCACAGUCACUCAAACGACAAGUCUCGUUCCUUCAUCUAGCCCAGACAUCGCGUCCAGUACUGUUUGACCAGCAGCUGGUAGACCAGAUGAUUGAUGACAUCAGUGAGGUGGAUCUGACCAGUAUCGGCUCCCAGGCCCUCUACACGUCCACCGCUGACGGCGAUCAAGACGCAGACAACGCUGAAUUCCUGCGUGACUUUAAGGAGCUGCUGAAGAAGCAGGCGACAGUCGAGGCCUUCACGGAGUGGAUUGACCAGAUCGUGGAACAGAAGGUCAUCAAGGUACAGACGCCGAGCAAGCAGAACGGCAGGUCGAUGAAGAAACGAGCGCAGGAGUUUCUCUUGAAGUGGUCUUUCUUCGGGGCACGGGUCAUGCACAACCUCACCCUCAACAAUGCACGUUGCUUCGGUUCUUUCCACCUCAUCAGGAUGUUGCUGGACGAGUACCUGCUCCUAGCCGUGGAAACUCAGUUCUACAACGAGAAAGAGACGGAGCUUCAGAACGCCCUCGAGAAGCACAUGAAGACUGCAGGUGGAGGCAGUAAGGCCUUGGCGGGAACUCCCAGUUCUUGCUUCCUGGCCAACCGGUCGUCUGUACCUCCGCGACCAGCCAGCAACCAGUCCGUUAAACGGGAGCAAAGCAUGCUGGGAGAAAUGCUGGUGGAGUACGGACAGCCUCCUUACAUGUACAAUCCCGAGAGAGACUGUUACCCGGUCAUCCCACAUACAGGACACGGCAGCAUGUCCCAAAGCCCCGCAAACGUCGGCCCAAUGCUGACACCCCCAAUAUCUCCUAUCGUGGUCAACCCCGUGCGAAGCAGCGUCAUCACGCAAGGUCACGUGUCCAUGAUGCAACACCCGACCCACCAAUCAUCGCACGUCCCCAGAGGUUACAUCAACCAACAUGGCGAACCCUACUCGGGUUCCCCGCACGCGCAUGCCCAGUACAUGGGCGCGUACCCCGGCAGCUACACCAGCAUGUUCAGACAUAUGCAGGGGAGUUACGGGUCGGGACCGUACUUGAAAAACGACACGGAGGCGGGGUACGGCUACAGCAGUGAGCCUCAGCUUCACAGCGAUCCGUACUUCAGUAGCUGUGCCAUGAGUGGUCGCCCUCCCCACUUCCCUACCACUACCGGCGAAUCACAGAGCACGGCUCAUAGCGGAAGCGCUUUCAACGUUGUUGGUGGGACAGGACCUUGCUACACAAACACCAAUGGCUACCAAAGUUACUAUGGCAGCGGCGGCUACCCACCACCAGGCAAACCGGAAAUCAACCCACAUGUCCCCGUCAUCAGUUCCGUCGCCUCCGCGGGCAUGCGCAGAGUGCCGGAGCACAGGCGGUACAACGAGACGACCGACCCGCUGAACCUGCUGGACGACCCGACGAAGCGCAAGUCACCGUCUGCUUACAGCGGUGGGGCGCGGAUUCACCACGCACACGUUACAUCCCAACAUCAUCCAGAGACGGCAUCAUCGGAAGAGUUAAUCGGCAUGCCUCUCAACAGCAUCUUCAACCCGGAGGUGGAGAACAUGGAGCCGCCAGUCCCCCAUACAGACCCUUCUCACCUCCCACCAAUCAACACCAUGUUCAACCCCAUGUCAGGGGUUAACUAAUGGCGUGACAUCUUACCCACAAGUAACGUUUGACCUAUUGGUGACCAUAUAUACUAUAUAGACGACCAAGCAGUCUUUCACUCAGUUAUGGUCUUGAACAUUUCUAAACCACGAGUUCAAAUCUGCUCACCAUGUCAAGAGUAACAUAUCGAGGUAUUGCAUGUCACAUAUUAAUACCAAAUUCUACUCAUGUUGAAAGGGACCCAUACUGCCAGUAACUAUUCAUUUUUCACCUUGUGUGUCAACUUUACUGAAACAUUGUUUUUGAGAUUAAAAAAAAAAAACUAUGACGAACGAUGCACCAGGGUGUGGUAUAUGGCCGCGAGGCGUAAAGAGGUUGAUACCAGUGCUAUAUUUAGACCUGUCACGGACUAAAAGUCAGAAGGAACUUUUUUGAAAGUUAAUAGUUAGAUGGAAUAUCUAAAAAAAGUAAAAAUAAGACUGAGAGAAACCAUUCGAAUUCAAAAUUCUAAUUACGAAAAAGGCAGAGGGUGGGACUCUCUUCUACUAAUGUAGACUUGAAACUAAGAUUUAUAUAAUCAAUUUUCAAAAUCAAGACUAAGCAUUUACGCUAUUAUGGAAAAAAACACCGAUUUUGGCCAGUCAUCUAGUGUAAAAAAAGAGUUUGUAGACGUGUCCUAUAAGCCAGACUUAAACUGGGACGAAACGAUAUUGAAAAUCGAAUUCUGGUUAAUCAAAUUUCUGAGUAAAGAUGUAUCAAUUGUAGCUACGCCUAGAGAUGAGGACGUCCAAAACAGGGUUAAUAUAAUGUUGGGUGGUCAUUUUCAGGAACAUAGUCAAUAGCAGUUGGUCUUUUUUAAGUUGCUUUCUUUUUGAGAACAUCAUAAAGGUAUAUAACAUGUAUAAUGUAAUGUAGACAUCAACAGUUAGGUCACGACUGUUCAUCAUGUCGGAAGCCACUGCGAUCUCUCUACCAUACAAAAGGUGUAUACUGUACCCGUAUCAUUUGCCGUUGGAUCAGCUUGCUAAAGACGUAGUAGAAUAGGAAAAGGUUGUCAUUUGAUGAUGCUCCCUCCUGUUGCAGAAGCGGCUGAUGCCGCCAUUGGAAUCCUUCUUACUUAGAAAAAUCGUUACCUAAGUAUAUUACAGUUUGCUUUAUUAUGACAUGUAAAGUUGCAACACUGAUUCACUGCCUGUUUUUCAAGCGAUGUGGAAAUAGGUGUGUCUGCUAUGUUUCAGUUUCAACUGUUAGACUUAUCAUAAUGCUUGUUUAUAUGCUACUGUGAGUGCUAUUCUCGUGAAUGUUUUUUGAUGUUGUAACGCUGUACCGUGGGCAUGCAUGGCUAACUUUCAUCGUCUGAACCGUUUAAAAUCGAUCAAACAGUUGUGUUAAAAUGUCCUGUUUUCACUGUACUAGACAUGUAGUGUUCCGCAUUUCAUCACUCUCUAUAUGGCAGGUACAUUUGAUAUCGCGUAGUUGUGUUGAUGUAGAAUUGUUGCAAAAUAGCCCUCUUUUAUGUUAGCUGCAACGAUGAAAGAUGGCUAUGUAAGGUCUUUUUCUCGGUACAUAGUGAUAUUUUGGGUUUGUAUUGAUUGAAUCAUAUGAAAACUGUUGCAUUUUUAAAGUAAACAUGAUUCCAUCACGAUUAUACAGCGAUCGUACUAAAUGUAUGGGUGAAGGUAACAUUCCAAUGAUCAAAAGCAAACAAGAGAUGUAUGACUUUGUUUUGUCGUAAAAUUUGUCAAAACCUUUGUCAAUAAGCCGGCUGUUAAUUUGAUUUUGUUUGUCCUGUGCAAUUUUGAAGAAAUAUUCUAAUAAUAUAAACUGACAAUUUCAUGCCACAUACAUAUUGUAUGGUCAUUCUUUUGCAUGACAGUAGUCUAGUGCUAAAAGUUAUUG